CCUAAUGUCCAGUUGGAAACACAGGACGUUCUUAAUAAGUUUAAUUGUUUGGUCAUUGGCCGGUAUCAGUGAAUCUUUUUUAAAAAAAGGCCUGUUGAUCGGACGAUGCUUUUAAGUGGUUGACAAAAUAACAAUAAAUAACUGAAUAAAAAAGGUUUUGAGGGAGGGGGGGGGACCCGCUUGAGAUACCCCGAUGCUCCCGGAGAACGCGAGCGCCAUCAACGGGACGGUAGUGGAGGGCGGCGGAGAUAAGCUCCAGUGCGGAAAUAGCGCAAACAGUUCGUCGUCUUCAGCAUCGGUUGAGAGUCUAAAGCAGCUGGCCAAGAUGGCCAAAGAAACCACCCUGUCCGGCAAGGGUUCCGGAGCGGAUGAACAGCAAGAGCUCAUCCAACUAAAUCAUCAUCCCGACGACGACGAAGACAAAGCGCAAAUCGUUUGUUUCCUCUCGGAAACGGCGGCAAGUGCCGGAAGCCUCCGGCCGGAAACGAGUCCCUUGCCGGCCCUAGAGGAGCGCGAAACAUGGGCCAAAAAAGCCGAAUUCCUUCUGGCCGUCAUCGGUUUCGCCGUCGAUCUUGGCAACGUUUGGCGAUUUCCUUAUAUCUGCUACAAAAACGGCGGAGGUGCAUUUCUCAUUCCGUAUGUCGUAAUGAUGGUCUUUGGUGGUCUGCCCUUAUUCUACAUGGAGCUUGCCCUGGGUCAAUUUCAUCGCAGUGGCUGUCUCACCCUCUGGAGACGUAUCUGUCCCGCACUUAAAGGAGUGGGAUACGCAAUUUGCAUCAUCGAUUUCUACAUGGGCAUGUACUAUAACACAAUCAUCGGCUGGGCUGUCUAUUAUUUUGUUGCCUCGUUCACGUCCGAAUUACCGUGGACGUCGUGCGACCACCCGUGGAAUACCAAUAGUUGCGCGCUGGUUGGACCCGUUGAUAACGGCACAUUCGUCCGCAGUCCCGCCCAGGAAUAUUUUGAGCGGAACGUGUUGGAGAAUUACCUGUCGGACGGGAUGGACGAUCUCGGCCCAAUCAAAUGGUCUCUAGCGCUCUGCGUCCUGGCCGUCUUCGUGCUCGUCUACUUCUCCCUGUGGAAGGGAGUCCGAUCAACUGGCAAAGCCGUAUGGAUCACGGCCGUAGCCCCUUAUAUUGUCCUGAUCAUCCUUCUCAUCCGCGGCGCAUCACUGCCCGGAGCCGGCGAUGGCAUCCUCUACUUCCUCACGCCCCAGUGGAGUAAACUGGCUGAAACAAAGGUGUGGACGGAUGCGGCGUCGCAAGUCUUUUUCUCACUGGGACCUGGUUUCGGCACCUUGUUGGCCCUCUCCAGCUACAACAAGUUCCACAACAAUUGCUUCUAUGACGCUUUGUUGACAAGCUCCAUCAAUCUGGCCACCAGCUUGUUGGCCGGCUUUGUCAUUUUUGCUGUACUCGGUUAUAUGGCAGAAAUCAGGAACGUCACUAUCGAUCAACUUGGCCUCGAAGGUCCCGGAUUAGUUUUCGUCGUUUAUCCGGAAGCAAUAGCUACUAUGGCUGGAUCGACUUUUUGGUCCAUGAUAUUCUUUUUCCUAUUGAUUACUCUAGGAUUGGAUAGCACGUUUGGUGGGUUAGAGGCAAUGAUUACUGGCCUAUGCGAUGAGUACCCAGCUCUGCUGGGCCGGCGGCGGGAAUUAUUUGUUGGAAUAUUACUCGUUUUCAUAUACCUGUGCGCUCUACCAACCACCACCUAUGGCGGAAUGUAUUUGGUGGAUUUACUGAACGUCUACGGCCCAGGCAUUGCCAUCCUUUUCUUGGUGUUUGUGGAAGCAAUGGGCGUGAGUUGGUGUUAUGGCACACAGAGAUUCUCCAACGAUAUCGAAUCCAUGCUGGGAUUUCAACCUGGACCCUUUUGGAAGAUCACUUGGGCUUAUGUCAGCCCCAUUUUUAUUUUGGUUAUUUUCAUCUGCACUCUGAUCGAUCCGGUGCCGCUGGAUACGCAAGACUACACCUACCCGGCUUGGUCCAUCAAAGUCGGUUGGGUUCUCACAGCCAUUCCGCUCUCUUGCAUUCCCAUUUACCUGAUUUACAAAUUCGGCAUUACGAAAGGAUCUUUUACGCAGCGACUGGUGAAAAUGUUUACACCGGAAGAUACGAGCGAUCCUCGGAAUUUGUCGCAAAUAUCUUUGACGGCUCGUGAUGUCGUGGGGCCCAGCAGUGUCAGCCAUCACUCCACCUCCUACGGCACUCAAGUCUGAAUGAACAACAGAAUCCACACUUAAUUAAGUAUUUUUUUUGAUUUUUUUUUAAAUUUUUUUGUUCGGGGAUAAGGAAUUAAUUAUUGUUCAGCUUUUUCUUUUCUUUUAUACGAUAAGUCAUUAGUAAUAUAUUCAUGUUCAUAGAAGUAUAGUAGGGUAAUAUCAUCUGUUAUCAUGGAUGUUUUUCCUCUUGUUGUUUUAUAAGACCCCUGUCGUUUAAUUUUUGAUUCGUUUUAUUGUUAUUUUUAUUAUUAUAAGAUAUUACAAGUAGCACUUGAUGACUGUAUAACCCUGGAGAAAGUUCCAGUAAGCAACAGCCGGCUUAAAGGGACUUUAUUUUCCUUUUUUUAUUUUGUAUGCUCUCUUAUCUAGACAACAAUUCCGUAAAUAAACAUGCAAGAGUCGGAUUGUAAUAAAUCUUCUCACAUUUUUCAAUGACAA